AUGGUGCGUAACGCCGUGUGGUUGGUGCUGCUUGUGGUCGGUGCGGCGGUGGCCGAGCCGCAGGAAGGUUACUUUUACCCGCGUCCGACGCCUCAGUGCCUGCCGCAGGUGUUCACCGAGACGGUGACGGACUACGCCACCGAAACGCUGAACCACUUCUUCACGGACGUCAACACGGUGUACCUGACGGACUAUCUGACCUCGACCGUGGUCAAUCCGGUCCUCAUCACCUCGACCGAGUACUCCGUGUCGACGUUGCUGGUGCCGCAGGUUGAGUACAUCACCGAAACGACCACCCUCGUCCUCCAGCCGAGCCCGGUCGUGCAGUACGUGACGGAAACCUUCGUCUCCACCGUGUUCGCCCAGAGUGACUUCAGCGGAGCCGUACAGCCGGUCCCGGUGGGUAACACCUACCUGCCACCGUCGGGUCCUCCCGAGCCGAACCCGGUGCUGAUUAACCAUGGCAUCAACCAGCUCCAGCAGCCGCCACCAUUUAUUCCGCCACCACGCGUAUCGCUGCCCCCGGUGCUGGACCAUCCCGUAACGCACGAACCGUUCCUUCCGCUCGACGUGAGCUCCGGUGGCCAACGCACGCUCGGAGAGCCGGUCGAAGAGCACGCGUUCGGAAGCGGAGUUUAUUCACUGCCCAACGUUGGGGCCGUGCCGCCUGCAUUCGAUAACGGUGGCUAUCGCUACAAGCGAAAGCUUAACCUGCAAGCUUCGGAAGGACCGUCUUCGACGACGGUUGCUACGAAAACGGACAAAUCGGUGUGA